GCUUUUGCACUGUCUAUUUUAUCCAAUCAGUGAACGUCACUGCUUUGGAUUGGUUGAAAAGAUUUAAGGAGGAUGGGUUCGAUCUUCGAGCCCGCUUAGGUGCGACUUUGGUCGUCCGCCGCCGCAAAAGAAGGCCGCCGUCAAGACAGCCAGGGGACGGCACCGCACACUCUGCGGCGCGAGCGGACGAGCAAGGAUGGCGGACAGCAGACGCGUGUUCGUGCAGCUGGCGGGUGCGCGAGACUCGCAAAUGGAGGUGGGCGCGCCGGUCAUGGCGUUCGUCAUGCCCACAGAUUCGUGGCUUUCUGUCGUCAACGAGUUCCUCAUGAGCUGCAAUGACGACGACAUGGAGGUGGAGCAGCGACCGCCGGGACUACUGGAGGGAUGCGUUGUGCUGCAUGCGGCGUCGCUGCAGCAGAUCUCGGAGCCGGCGAGCUGUGAGGACGGCAAGCAGUAUAUCUUAUGUAUGAGCUUGGACGAUGCUGUGCGGCUCCAGAAGCAGAGAUUCGGGGACAGCACCGCCAGCAGCGUCACUGGUAGUAGUGACACUGACGCACUGGCUCGUGGUAGCAUCGCACUGACCGACCAGCUCGAGUCACUGGAAGAACUGGACUAUUACUUCGACGAUAACGGUACACUACGUCACUGCCGCACGAACCAGGCUGUAUACGAGCUUAUGAGCGACGAGAGGCGUGCCGGCGAGCUGGACGACAUCGUCAAGGCUGCAAUCUUUCACAUCCAGAUGGAAAUGCUGGCCGAGUUGGCCUUCAAACAGGCGCGUGUACCUCUUGACCCGAGGCCUGAUGAGCCGAAGGAAGCUCGUUCCAGUAUUUUCCUUACAUCAGACUGGCGUACCAACUCUAAUCUACUCGUGGUAGUUAAUGGUGGACGUGGAGCGCAGCCAGGUAUUUGGAGUCGAGAUCUGCUGAUUCAAGAAGGUUUGGAGCUGGGAUCGAUGCUGCCAGUGAUGCGUCGAGCUACAGCUUGCAACUUUGGUGUGGCUGUGGUGAAUCCCUCCACUAACAACGUUACCAUCGGGAAUGAUACAUUCCCUAUUCGAGGGAAUUCAUCGCCAGAUGAACACAUGCUCUACAUGUGGGAUAACAUCAUUUCUCGUGCUCAAGCCCGCAAUGUCUACUUUUUAGCGUACUCGUUCGGCGCUAAGUCGGUGGUGACGCUGAUCCAAAAGCGCGAGGAUCAGGUUGUCAAGCGCGUAAAUGCGCUCGUGUUUGCAGAAGGCGCCUAUCGCAUCGACCCAUCGACUACGUCUCCUGCUGUGGCCCAAUUCUUAAAGCAACGUGCCAUCAACUUUAAGGGCGACGCUCAGAUUGCUGUGGGUAGCCAUAUCCCAACAGAAGAGGAGAAACUCUCAUGCAGUUGUUUGUCGGUUGGAGAUCUCACAGCAUCUGGGCCAUCAGCCGACGGUAAAGCCCCACCAACUGCGCCAGCAUCAGCGUUGUCCAAGCGCAGCAGCAGCAACAAGGCCCGGACUAUUAGUCUCUCGCUGGAAACAACGUUCACUUACUUCGUGGCUGCGCGUGAUCGCGGUUGUAGUGCAGCGCAGUUUAUCUCGGAGUCGGAAGCGAAGACACGGACGUGGCUGGGCAAUGUGAUUCGCCAUCGUCUGGACUCGCUGAAGCCUAAAAAGCAGAGUCGUCGCCUCAGUACUGCAAUGGGAGCCAAUGCGAGCGAGUCGCCUCAUCAUCGGAAAACAGCACGUCGAUCUUCGCUGGACACAGACGCGAGUUCGUCGGCAAUGCGCGCCUCGAUCGCUAGCAGUCGUGGCAGCAACUCGUCCAGCCAUCACUCGCACGGAGUGUCUGUAAGUGAUUUCGACCUGAUCAAGGUGAUCGGCAAGGGAUCAAUUGGCAAGGUUUUCCUUGUUCGUAAGAAAGACACACACGUCGUUUACGCCAUGAAGGUGUUGCGCAAGAAGAACGUGGUUCGUCACGGCUUGGAAGAGCAUAUCAAGACGGAGCGACUGAUUCUUGAAGAGAUCGACCACCCAUUUAUUGCGAGGCUGCGCUUCUCGUUCCAGACAAAGGAUAAACUGUAUCUCGUGACCGACUAUUGCUCUGGUGGCGAGCUGUUCCAUCAUAUGUCGGACGAUGGUUUCUCGUACGAAUUGUCUCGAUUCUACGCGGCUGAACUUGUGCUGGGACUGGAACAUCUUCACCGUCUGAAAGUAGCCUAUCGCGAUCUCAAGCCAGAGAAUAUCCUCGUUGAAGCGUCUGGUCAUCUACGUAUUACAGAUUUUGGAUUGUCAAAGUUGAACGUGGUGUCGGACAAAGGCGCGCAGACGCUGGUGGGUAGUCCCGAGUAUCUCGCGCCCGAAGUGUACAACAUGCAGAAAUAUGGCUACGCUGUGGAUUGGUGGUCGCUUGGAGUCUUUAUCUACGAAAUGCUGACUGGCGUGCACCCAUUUUUUGACGAUAAUCGCGAGGUUAUGGUGAAGAAGAUCAUGACUCCUGGCUCUGUGAGCACGAUGAUGCCGCCCGAGAUGCCUCCCGAGGCCGCGUCGUUGAUUUGUGGUCUGCUCACGUUUAAUCCGACUGAGCGAUUGGGUUCGCGUGGCGCUCAAGAACUGCGUGAUCACCCGUUUUUUGCAGAUAUUUCCUGGGACGGACUGAUGCGACGCGAGGUGAUACCGCCAUGGCAUCCAGUGGUGCAGGACGAGCUGGACGUGGGCAACUUUGACUCCGAGUUCACGUCGGAGCCAGUGGUCGAUAGUGUGUGCACACACCAGUCAAUGGUGCUGAGCUCCACAUUCGCUGACUUUACAUUCAACCCCAGCAUUUCGGAUUCCAUGCGCAAGCGAUAAAAAGCUUAGAAUUAAGACCGUCAAUUGCGUUUUGCUUGCAUCCUUGACCCCUUCUCGACCCACGAAAAAAGAAUAAAUUGAUGUGUACGUGCGUGCAAUGAUAAUAAUAAAAAAAUCUUAGUCGUGCGUUUUCAGA